AAUUCUUAGAAGCGCCACUCGACGUCGAAAUCAAAAGUAACGUGUGCUGCCAUUAUUAUUCAGUGUUAAAAUUGAAAAUUCUUUUACCGGUUGCUUGGUUAGAAGGAAAAGUAAGGGAAAUUAGUUUUAAAAAUGGAUAACGUGGAGAAGCUGUAUCAGAACUACGAUAUAUUAGCAGAUGCCGAAACUAAAGGUAAGGCGGCAGACUUUGAACAGAAAUAUUUAGAGAUAUUGGAAGCAGUUAAAGGAUCGAGUAAUGAAAAGCGAUUGGCAUCUCAAUUCAUUUCUCGUUUCUUUAAGAAUUAUCCACAUUUAUCAGACAAGUCAAUAGAUGCUCAAUUAGAUUUGUGUGAAGACGACGACGUUGCAAUUCGUAAACAAGCUAUCAAAGAUUUACCGAGUUUCUGUAAAGAUAGAAAGGAAUAUGUUCCAAAAAUAGCCGACGUCUUGGCCCAACUCCUUGCCACCGAUGAUUCUACGGAACUAUCCGUAGUCCACCAGUCUCUAAUGAGCUUGUUCAACGUCGAUGCCAAAGAUACUUUCGGUGGUCUGUUUUCGCAGAUAAAUGCCGGAGAAGAGAUCGUUCGAGAAAGAGCCAUCAACUUUCUGGGCGGUAAGGUGAAGUCGUUGCCCGGCGACGUGCUUACCAGAGACGUAGAAGAUUAUUUGUUUCAAGAAUGCAAAAAGGUGUUCGAAGACAUCACCGGUGAGGAAUUUGUCACGGUUAUGGGUAUGCUGUCGGGCUUAAAGAUGGCCAAGACCGUCGGCGGACAGCAGCUUUUGGUCGAAAUGAUUGCGGAACAGGCCGGUUUCGAAAAAGAUUUCGAUCGCGGCGACACCGACAGCGUCGAUAGACUCGUCCAGUGUAUCCGUCAGGCUCGGCCGUACUUUUCGCCUUUUGUUAGUUCCGGCCAAUUCGUGCAUUACGUGUGCUUCCAGGUGCUACCCGUGUUGUCCGAGUUGCCGCCUCUACAAGAAGGCGUAGAUGUUGCGUUGGAGAUUUUGAAAUUGUUGGCUGAAAUGUCGCCGUUUGCUAAUAACAUGGAAGAUACUCCUAAAUGUUUGGAAAUGGUUUAUAAGAGAUUAUUGGAAUAUAUGCCCUUACCUCCAUCCGACGAGACGAUUGAAAAAUCUACGGAAGAACCGUCUCUUCAGUUGUCGCACGUAGAAUGUUUGAUGUUUGCCUUUCAUCAGCUUGCUAAACGAUAUCCGGAAUUCUUAACUGCCGAAGAAAAUGCGGAGAGAUUACGUGAUCUGAAGCUCAGAUUACAAUACUUAGCAAGAGGUAUUCAGGGUUAUAUUAAAAAAUUGAAAGAAGCUUUACACGGUAAAGUAGGAAGUGAGCUGAAGACGGAGGAAAAUAAAAUAAAAGUUGUUGCACUACGCACCACUUCUAACAUCAAUACGUUAAUUAAAGAUUUAUUUCAUAAUCCGCCUUCUUACAAGAGCACAAUAACACUAUCGUGGAAACCACCCAGCAGUAGUUCGGGUGGCAUCAACAUAUCAGAUACUAUAAAAAGAAAAAAUAAAACACCCAUUACGUAUGACGAAUCUGCCGAAAUAAAAAAAACAAAAGGAGAGCGAGAACUUUAUAGCCCACCGAGUGGAAAAUAUAGUACGAAUGUGAAAUUUCCCAGUCCCAAUCGAGGACGAGGAUACGGUUACAGAAGAGGAAGAGGAAGAUAUUAAUUUGUUUUAAUGUAAAAAAAUCACAAUAUAUCAAAUUUGUCAUCAAAUUGACUUUAGUUUUUCAUUUGCAUCUCAAGGACAGACAUUUGAAUUUGUUAAGUUUAAUUCUAAUUUUGUACUUUCACCAAUUCGAUAUUUGUAUAAAAAAUACUUCAUUAACAUUAAAGGUAUUUGACUCAGUUAAGUGUAAUUUAAUCUUUAAAUUUUAAAUUCUUUAUAUAUAAUACAUGUUUACAGCUGUAAUUUUUAGAAAUCUUGUUAAAUUUAACUUAAAAAUAAUAAAAUCUAGGAUAUAAAUAUAAUCAUUUUAGUAUAUAAUUUAAUGAGGGAACCUAAAGGAUCUUGUGAACUGGAAAAGUUUUUCACUUGAAACAUUCAGUAACUUAAUGUGACAUCAUCAACUUAAUAUAUAUUUUUUAAUUCCAUCAAUUGAAGAUAGUUAAAACCAGAAUUAUAAAAAUUUUUCUAAUGUA